AUGCGACCAGGCUUACAAGCGACGUUGCGUCGUACCACGUCGCACAGAUCGCUUGGUAUCCUCUUGACGAUCAUACUCGCGAAUACGAAACCGGUAACGUCGUUUACUCUCGUUUACACGGGAACCUCACUCGACGGACCUUGGUUCGGACUUUUUCGUCAGUCCGCUUGGUCAAAGCCCUCACACUAUCUUCGCCCCUCACCCCGCGUUUUUGUUGCCUCUGGUCCCUUUGUCCCGCGGUAG